CGAACGCUGACGUCGACGCACGCAUCUCGUCAGGCGCGCUUCUCGCAAAAACGGUAAAUGCGCAAAAAACAGCAACUAAUAUUGGAAUAACAGCGAAAGAAGUAUAUAUAUUCAAGCAGUUUAUUUAUAUAAUCCGCACAGCCAUAUAGAGCAUAUUAAAAAGUGAGAUACUCACGCACACACAUACCAUCAGAUGAUAAGAAAUAUCUUCAUAGUGCAAAUGGUGUAAAAGAAAGAGAAAGAGAUAGAAAGUAAGAAGAAGAACUGUCUGAAGAAUUUACGCGCCCGUUUUUGAAACGCGAAUUAGUUUUAAUUGAUUGCUGAUUGCAACGUCGUGCUAUCGAGUUCAGGCUGCGUAUACGCCCGGUGGUGCCAAAACUAGUCGAUCGCUAGUCCGCGUCGGUAACGUAACGUGCCGUAACGGUCAACGAUUAACGAUAAACGUUAGAGAGCGUCCGAUUAACACGGAACGGUGACGUAGUCCUGCGUGCGGAAAACGAAACGCUAAUAAAUGGAUUAAAAGAGCGGCCUACGACAAUCGGAGCAAAAACGACAGCAACAAUCAAAACAACAAAAACAAACCCAGCAACAAGAUCUACAAAACGAGGGAAUCAAAGCAGCAACAAAAUAAACCGAGCAAAAAGCAUAUCAAAUAGAGAAACCAAUAAAAUAAACAUUUUCAAGUAUUUACAACUAUCAAAAGUAGAGCUCACAAGAAGAUAUCGAAAAAGAAUUAAAUUAAUAUAUACAACACACCCACAAACACAAACACAUACACAUAUGGAUCUAUACACCAGAGUAAACAUAUUUACAACAAUAGCAACAGAAACAGCAACAAAAAGAGAAGGGGAACGCCCAGAGCAACAGAAGCAACAGCAACCGGAAUUGGGAAACCCCCUAAUGCCAAACCAAGGACUGUGAGCGAAAGGAGCAGGACACGGGGGGGGCGCAAAAGGGCAGCGAUGAGAGAGCGAGCUACGUCAUCCGACUAAAGGCAUAUCAGAACAUUAGAAGGACACGACGACAUCGACAGCGACACCGACAGCGACAGCGAGGGAUAUGGACACGGGCAGGGCCCCUACUCCCAUUUGUCUAGCGGGCAAAUAAAAGCGAGGCAGGAACCAGGCCACACACACACUUGCACACUUGCACACUUGCACACUUACAGCCGACGACAACAGCAAGGACAUUAAGAGGGGUAGCCAUUGUUGUGGUGUGUGCUUCAAGGACAUUCACAUGCACAGAGGCAAAGCAACCCACUCGACGGGUCCCAUUAAAUAAACAUCAAUCAGGCGUAAGGAAAUACUCCUAGCUGUCCAACAGUUGUCCCAUGUGAUAGCGACAAGGAACAAGGCGCAACAAGGACCCACACCCAAACCCCCACCCACGCACUUCGCAUCUUCGGGAGCAGGAAAUAUGGCGCGACGCAGGGGCAGCGGCCGAGGCAAAUCCACAGUAAACUCACGAAAGAGUGCCCUGGAAACGGCGCGUGAAAAGCUGAAAGAUGAGCCCGCGGCCAAUUCCUCGCAGGCUAACAAUAAAUUUGAUGAUACUAUGGAAAAUGCAAGCACCACAACGGCGGGCAAGCACUACAACAAGACGGCGGGCAAACAGUACAAGACAAACAGUAAGGUGAACAACAAUACGCGACGUGCCACAGCAGCGGCAGCGGCAGCAGCAGCAGCAGCAACAGUGGCGGCAGCAACAACAGCCAUACCAGCAACAAAGAAGCAAACAUAUCGGGAAUCUGCCACAACAGCAGCCACACAGAAGACAGCUAAAGCUAGCAGAGCAGCAGCAGCCACAGCAACAGCCACAGCCACAGCAACAGUUGCCGAUGUUGCAGGCAGCAAACCCAGUACAAGCAGCACUCGAGAUAAGCUGAGCGACGACCACAGCAUUAAAAGUGGCAAUAACAGCAGCAGCAGCAACAACAACAACAACAACAACAACCACCACCACCACCACAGUGAUAAUAGUAUUAAUGAGAAUAAUUACGAGUUUAAGAAUAGGGAUAAAGAUGAAGCUAAAACAAAUGUAAGUGAUAGCAAAAUGACGCUACAGCAAAUGUCUACUGCAGUCGACGGCCCCAAGGAGGAGUCGCCGCGAGCAGCCGCCACAAGCAGCAGCAGCAACAGCAACAGCAUUACCCCCGGCAGCAGCAUGGCUGCUGCUUCUGCCGGCAUUGCGGAUUGCUCAAAUAUCUCUCGCUAUUUGCACAAGAAGUUCAAGCGCUUGGCAAGCACCACAGAAGUGGAGGGUGUUGGCGGUGGCAACGGCAGCCUCACUGCAGCCGGGGAUGCCGGUCGCACCACAUCGCUAUCCUCAAAUAGCUCACUUUCACCGCCGCCGCCGCCAGUGGGCCCGGUGGUGGUGCCAGUAGUGGCCAAUGGUCAUCAUUUGACCCAGCCAGAGCAACAGCAGCAGCAGCAGCGGACGACGACGACGACGAAUGAAUUCAGUGCCAAUUUUGUAAAUAGCAAUCAUGUCAUUGCCAUCAGCCAUGAGGAGGGCAGCAACAGCAACAGCAACAACAUUCACAACAGCCACAACCACAGCCACAGCCACAGUGAGAGGGGGAGUGGGAGCGGCAGCGGGAAGAUGGCCAACAAUGUGAGCCAGCCCAGAACCCAAACACCGUUGAGCAACAGCCAGAGUCACAGCAGCAACUAUGCGGCCAAUGCCACACUGACGCCUGCAACAUUUGCCCAGCAUCAGCAACAGACGCAGCCAACAGCAGCAGCAGCAGCAGUGGGCGCGGCAGUAGAGAAAUCUGGCAGAUAUGUGUGCCCAUACUGCAAUUUGAUUUGUGCCAAGCCAUCGGUGCUGGAGAAGCACAUACGAGCGCACACCAACGAGCGUCCGUAUCCAUGCGACACCUGCGGCAUUGCCUUUAAGACGAAGAGCAACCUGUACAAGCACUGCCGCUCCCGGUCGCAUGCGGCACGAGUGCGCGGCCUGGAGGUGCCCGCGGAUGCCGACGACGGGCUGUCCGACCAGGAUGCAGACCUGAGCAACAGUAGCUCCGAGUUGCCCAGUCGCUCGGGGUCGCCGUACGACGAGCCCAUGGCCUCGCCCACGCCAUCGCCCUCCACUUUGUCGGCAUCGAAGAGCGCCUACAUCCAGCACCAGCCACCGCUGCCGCAUCACAUGCAACAACUGCCACUGGGCUCGCCGGCAGCUGGGACCCUGCCGCCUGCCACCGCGGACACCCUGCACUCGGCCACGGCCCAGCACCGCCAGUCGCUCGACUACAAGACCCCCAUCAGCAUAGGAGUAGCAAGUGGAGGAACAGUGGAACAGCAGCACGCUCCCGCUAUGCAGCAUCAAAAGGAGACAACUGUGGGACCAGCUCCAGGCCUACUCAACGUGCAGCACCAGAAAUUGAUGGCCGUGCAGCAGCAGCUCCUGCAGCCAAUGCCCGUAGCCGCGGGCCAGCACCGCCAGUCGAUCGACUACAAGCCGUACAAACCGAAGUUCCACAAUGCAGCUCUAUAUGUGCCGCCCGGUGGCAGCAAGGAGUUGCAAAUGCAACAGCAGCAGCAGCAACAGCAGCAGCAGCAACAGCCAGCGCUGGCCCAUCCCACACUGUCGCCCAGCACACAGAUGAAGCUGAACAAUCACAUCACCUCACACAAGAUGCAGCUGCAGUUGCAGCAGCAGCUACACGCCCAGCAGUCGCUGAUGCUGGCCACCAAUCCCGGGGCCUUGCCACCGGGAGCAGGCUUCUACUAUCUGGGGCAGCCAUCGUAUUACAAUCAGGAUGCGGCAGCGGCCAUGCAUCAGCAGGCAAUGGUGCUUCAGCAACUUCAAAUUCAACAACAUAUUCAUCUGCAGCAGCAGCAGCAACAGCAGCAGCAGCAACACUCUUCGCUAGUGAAGGCUCCUCCGCCACAGAUGCAACAACAGCAGCAACAGCAGCAGCACCCACUGAAUAUUCCUCCCCAACAGUUGGUGCGAGCCAACAGCCAGGCAUCGAUUGUGGUGCCAGCAUCAGCAGGAGCGACAGCAACUGCCCCCACCACGCCAGCCACCAACCUGAGCAGCUUUGCCAGUGCCAGUGGCAGCAUGCAAGUGAAUGUGGAAAAGGUGCAGGAGCACAUAUCGAAGCUGAUAUCGCAGAACGAGGCGAUUGUGGAGAACAAGGAGAUUCUACUGCAGAAGAAGUACCCGAAGCAGCUAAAUCGCUCGCGCAGCUUCAACAAUGCCAAUGCGAAUGCCAAUGCCAAUGCCAGUGUCAAUGCCAGCAAUGCGGCUGUCAGCAGUAAUAAUCCUCAGAUGAUGGGAAUCGGUGCCAGCGAACGAGAAACGAAAGUGAAUCUGGCCCAGGCCAUCGUCCACAAACAGCAGCAGCAGCAGCAGCAGCAGCAGCAACAACAGCAGCAGCAACAGCAACAGAUACACCAGCAGCACUAUCAAAUGUAUCUGCAACAACAGGUGCAGCAGCAACAGCAGCAACAGCAACAGCUGCAACCCCUGCCACAACUGGAACCGCCAAAUGGUGUUGUUAAACGGAAUAGCUACAGCUACAAGCCAGCCCCGGCUAUGCCUACAGCCGCCAAGCAGCAGCAGCAGCAGCACCAACAACACCAGCAACUCCAACAACAGCAAUUGCCACCGCCCCCCUCGCCACUGCCCAUGCAGACGCCACAGUAUCGCCAGGAUCCGGCCACGCCAGUGCCCAAAAUGGAGCAGACAGUGGUCGCUGUCAGUGCCAUGCCAUUGAAUCUUUCUGCCAAGCCAAAGCAACAACAGCCGACACCCGAGGCCACUCCCAUGCCGGCCUCUACGCCCUCGACGAGUACGGCUGCAGCAGCAGCAGCAGCAGCAGCAGCAGCAGCAACAGCAGGAGGAGUGCCUCCAGCAAAGACUGUCACAGCCAGUGCCCCCCAAACGCCAAACAAUUCAAUCAUAAAGAAUCUGCUCCUGAAUGCCCGAGGACUGGCCGUGCCCAUUGGCGAGGGCGACGACGCCUUCUACUCGUGCCCCAUCUGCGCCAGCGAGUUCCGCAGCGCGGACGAGCUGAAGCUGCACAACAGCACCUACUGCCAGGACGCCAGCUCUAGUGCACCGAUGAGUCCGGCCUCGUCCCCCAGCUCCAAGUACUUUCGUUCCAAUUCGAUCUCGAUGAGCCUUCCGGAGCUCAAGUGCCACAUGGCCAACUCGAAGAACCCGCUGUCGCUGGCCAAGCUCGCGUGGUCGCAGCUGAAGACGAAGCGGAGCAGUCUGGUGCUAAGUCGCCUCAGUGCCGCCCAAUCUCCCGCCCGGACAUCGACAGUUACGGCUCCAACGGCAUCGGUAUCUGCUCCCGUGCAGGUUCAGGUUCCGGUUCCCGUUCAGGCUUCCGUUUCCGUCCCCGUGGAGGCGAUGCGUUUUGUGGAUGCGCCACUGCCAUCGCCCGGUCCGUUGCUUGGAAAGACCCCGCUGGUGGAUUUUGCCCAGCAGAAUGCACCGCGCAAGACCCACGAUUCGGUGGUGAUCACCAAAAUGCACGAGGAUCGUCAUUUCUCAAUGGACAUGGACGCUGCUGCUACAGCUGCUGCUCCGCAGCCUGCGAAGCGUGCGAAGACCGCAAGCGACACGCAAACGUUCAACUUUUUUGGCAACCACAACAUGACCAUGGCCCAGGAGCUGCAGCAGAAGUCCAGCAAGGAGGAGCGCCUGCGCAGGCUUACCUCCUCCGGCGGCAGCAUGAUACCCAUUUCGGAAUGCCCCGAGCUGGAGAACAGUCCCAGGAUGAUACGCACUCCGCUACUGUCCGGAGGGAGCUUCCAGGAUGUCUCGCCCAAGAAUCAAGAGUCGUCUGCCAGCAAGGAGCGCAAGCUGCUGGCGGCUGGUCUUGGUGCUGGCCACCCCAUGCUCGGUGUCAGCAGUGCACAGGGGGCACAGCAUUUCCAGUUUCCGCCCAUCAAUUCGAUAACUGACUUCAAUCCACUCACCUUGCCGAUGAGGGGCGGCGUCGGUGUUGGGGAUAAAACAGCACCCGUCACGCCCAUUCCGUAUGUGCCGGGGAUUCCGGGUCCCGGCAGCCUGACGCCACAGAUGUCCCUGCUGCCGCCUCCACCGCAGCAGCUGCAGCUGCCCGCCAGUCGCGGCCGCAGUCCCAAUCGAAAGCAGCCGAGUCCGCUGCUGCUGCUGGGAGGAGCAGCGGGAGCGGGAGAGUCACUCAAGUCGCUGUCGCCCUUCGGUGGCGUUCAGAAUCUCCCGAGCGAGUUCAGCCGGCAGCCGCCGACGCCCGCCCAGAGGAACGCCCUGCAGUGGAACAGCAGCAAGGAGACGACGCCCAAGAAGGCGCCCUUCAACUUUCUGCGGAUGGCGGACAAUGUCAAGGCAUCGGAACCGGAGGUGCGGCACUUCAACCUGGACAAUGUGAUUGCUGCCAAGCAGCCGCCACAGGAGGCUGCACCACUGGCGCCACUGCCCGUGGAUACGCCCAAUGGGACGCCCGUGUCUGGAGAGGAGACGCUGUCGGCAGCCAAAUCAAAGUUUCUGCGGCCCACGAGUCUGCCCCUGAAGCCGGGCACCUUUACACCGAAGCGCCAUCAUGGAAUCACACCGACAGCCAACACCCUGCCGCUGAUCUCGCCGGAAACGCCGCGUCCGUCCAAGUCGUGUGUGCAGCUGUACCUCAACGGCCAUGCCUACACCUAUCUGGGGCUGAAGUGCAGCACCAAGAUGUUCUACUGCACCGUGAACUGCCCGCAGCCGUCGUAUGUGGCGGGCAUGCACAAACUGUCGAUGUACAGCGUGUGGCAGGUGUGCGAGGAGAACCAGCCGCAUCCGCUCGGGUUCAAGCUCAAGCAGGUGAUGGCUCUGUACGACUCGCGCCAGAAGAUGCUCGGCAACGGGAGCUGCACCUCGAUGGCGGGCACAGGCACGGCCACAGGCACGGGGAAGCUCAACUACAAAUUGGUCAACUCGCAGCAGACCAUCUGCUCCAUUUCGACAAUGUCCAGCAGUGCACUGCAUCAGAAUCCGCUCGCUCCACUGCCGGUGGUGGCCGUGGGAGCGCUCAGCGAGGCGAAUGUGGCGGCCAAGGCCUGUGAGGAGGCGGCCGAGGACAAGAAGAUGGAGGUGAGUCCCUCGGGACAGCCCCUGGUGGGCGGUUACGAGUCGCACGAGGACUACACCUACAUCCGGGGGCGCGGACGCGGUCGAUACGUUUGCUCCGAGUGCGGCAUCCGUUGCAAGAAGCCGUCGAUGCUGAAGAAGCACAUACGCACCCACACGGACGUGCGUCCGUUCACCUGUAGCCACUGCAACUUUAGCUUCAAGACCAAGGGGAAUCUCACCAAGCACAUGCAGUCGAAGACGCACUUCAAGAAGUGCAUCGAGCUGGGCAUCAAUCCCGGGCCCAUGCCCGCCGAUGGCGAGUUCCUCGACGUGGAUAUGGACUUUGAUCAGCAGUCGUCGACCUCGGCGGGCGGACGCACCUCCUCGAUGGCCGAUGGCGAAUCAGAUUCGGAUGAUUUCAGCGACAUUGAAUCCGAAAGCAGCGACACAGACGAAUCCAAAUCGCGGCUGAAGGAACACGAGGCCGCUCGCUGCCUGCUGUCGCUGUCGAUGACACCGCCCAUACCGCAAAGCGUUUCGCCAUAUCCCCCCCAGAUCCAGGAGACACCGGCCCCGGCCGGCAGUCCGGCCAACAGCAUCGGCUCGUCGGGAUCAUCGCAGCCCAAGCCCCGCGGUGUGGUAUGCUCCUUUACGUCGCCAAAGCCGCCGUUCGACUACCAGAAGCAGGAGCAGUACUACUCGAAUCCCGAGGAGUCCAAGCCCAAGCGGGGCUCGGCCAGCGAGGAGAGUGCGCCCAUGGAUCUCACCAAGCCACGGUGCUCCAGCACAUCUGGCGCCGCCGGCUCCGUCUCCCCCUCCCCCUCCCUAGCACUAGCCCUGGCACAGGAGCUGCCCAAAUCGCAGGCACAGCAGAUGCAUGACGUGAUCUUCGGGAGCUCUGGCAGCAAUGGCAGUGGCUUCAUGAAGACCCUCAUCUCGGUCUCGGACAAGGUGCGCAUCUCCGCCGAGAUGAAGGAGGAGGAGGAGCAGGCCAAGCACGAGGCGGCGGAGGGCGAAGAUGUGCUCAUGCAGACGUACCGCAAGGAGCACGCCCUGCAGCAUGCCAAGAUGAAACAGAGCCAGUUCAGUCGCAGCUAUCUAAGCACGCUCUUCUCCAGCACCAGCUCCACCGCCACGACCCCCGUCAUGUCCAGCAGCAGCAGCAGCACCAGCGCUAUCACCAGCACCAGCAGCGGCAGUAGCAGCCUUCUGUCCGUGAGCAGGCCCAUCAUGACCAUCAAUGAGGUGCCCAGCAUCGAGGUGCAUGAGGUGAAGACCCCGGAGGCGGUCGAGGUUUCGCUGCCAUCGACAUCAAAUUCCACGGCCACGAUCAUCCCUGCUGCGAAGGGAACGGCCAACGAUGAGAGCGAGGAGGGUGAAGCACAGUCGGAUCAGGAAAAGGCAAGCGAGCCGCCGCACAAUGCGAAUCUCCCUGCUGCAGUGCAGCAGCCGGAUGCCACAGACUUUAGCGGCGUCCUGGGUAUAUCCGCACCAGCCUCGGCAGCAGCAUCUAUCCCUGCCACACCCGCUCCAGCUCCAGCUCCAGCUCCAGUUCCAGCUCCAGCUCCACCUCCACCGUCAACUCCAACUCCAGUUGCAGCUGCAGUUUCAUCCACAGCAUCCUCGCAGCAGCAGCAGCAGCCCACACGGACUGUGAUCGUGGGCGAAGAUGGCUUCAAAAGUGCUACGGCCAGCAGCAAGAACAACAAUAACAACAACAAUACCAAUAACAACAAUAACAACAACGAACUGCAGCCUGGAGCUGUGCCAACAUAUCCAAGGGGCGUGCCACCGCCACCACCCACUGCCGGAGAUGCAAGACCCACCUGCUUGAUCUGCUCGAAGACGUUCCAGCGCCAGCACCAGCUGACGCUGCACAUGAACAUCCACUACAUGGAGCGCAAGUUCAAGUGCGAGCCCUGCGGCAUCUCCUUCCGUACCCAGGGCCAUCUGCAGAAGCACGAACGCUCCGAGGCUCACAAGAACAAGGUGAUGAUGACUUCGACGUUUGGGGUGCCGACCACCUCCAAUCCGCGACCCUUCGAGUGCACCGACUGCAAGAUCGCGUUCCGCAUCCACGGCCAUCUGGCCAAGCAUCUGCGCUCGAAGACGCACGUCCAGAAGCUGGAGUGCCUGCAGAAGCUGCCGUUCGGCACCUACGCGGAGAUCGAACGGGCCGGCAUCAGUCUCACUGAGAUCGACACCAGCGACUGCGAGAACUCGCUCAUCUCCCUGAAGCUGCUCGCCCACAAGCUUCUGGAAAAGGACCCCAACAAGCUGAGUGGCUACACCACGCCCUCGGGCAUGAUGCAGCUGGCCCAGGAUACGCCCACCUCGCAGGACAGCGCCUCUGAGGAUGGGUUUAGUGGCUUGGAGGCCAUCGCCACGGCCAUUGCCUCGCUGGACAACGACAGUGCUGGCAACACGCCGAAGCGUGCGAGCUCCAUGUCCGAAGAUGAGACCGUGGCCAAUGGGCUCAGCCACAACUUGAAGCGACGUCUGCCCGGCAGCUUCAGCAGCACGGGCGGCGAGGAGAGCGACAACCCACCGGAGGGCAGCACCACUACCGCCAACGAGAAGCGUCCCCGACCUUCUCAGGAUGCUACUUUGGCCCUACCCGUUGCCGUUAGCGUUCCCGUGGUCGCCUCGGCAGCGGCCAGCAACUGACAGUACAUGUACAUGCUGCAGCCCACCUGAGUGUGGCCCACGACAGCAGCGACGCCCAAACUGGUGUCUAUAGAGCAGUAUCCAUACUUCCAGGGAUACCACUUGCCGACCAUCGCCACCGCCAGCAACGCCAUCCGUUCACAGUUCCCUUGCGAUUUGGGAUGCGACAAUGGGGUUGGGGGCAGCCAUGACCAAACCUCCAACGAGCGCAUAUCAAAUGUCUAAGCAUAUCGCAUUUGGGCACACAAAACUUACUCUAGCACUAGCUUAUAAGAGACCUACCCCUUCCCACUCGCGCAGACGAGCCCAAACUGAUUUCUGCAAAUCACUGCAACCUGCAAUCAAUCCUCUGGGCAGAAUCUGAUCGAUUUGCCUCUUAAGUAUCUAGUUUAAGGAAUCGUCAUCAACUCUGAUCUAAGAAAUAUAUGUAUGAGAAUAUAUGUAUAUGUAGCUAUAGGGUUUUGGAAAAGCUGUUCAUCUCCCAUCGUGUACGUAUAUGUAUGCAACCCAGGUACCAUGUACGCUAGCCCUAGAUUUAAGCUAUCCCGCAUGUGUAUGUAUAUCCUACGAAGCACGUACGGAAAAGGAAAAUUCAAUCUACGAGUAGUAUAUGUAUACAGAUAAAGAUAUAUCCAUAGAUUCAUAGAUCCCUGAAGUGCUGUGAGCCGUCUAUCUACAAAAAUAUAACACGAAGAAGCCGAGGAGAACGAGAGAUGUACAUAUAUAAUUUAUAAGGCCUAGCCAGCCCAAGCCCCUGCACUCCCCACCCACCAAAACCUUAAGAACCAUGUUUUCCAAAAAAAACAAAACACGCAGUUCUUCCUUAUUUGAAAUUGUUAAUCAUACACCAACGAGACGAGAGAAAUAAGAAUAUGUAUAUCCUUAGUUUUGUUUCUAAUUUUGUAAAACAACGAGACCACGAGACUCUUUCAAUUGUUUGUCUUUAAUUACUUUUAUUGGUGUAUCGAAGAGUAAAAGAAUAGUAUAGAAAGAGAAUGAAAUGGAGGGUGGAGAAUAAGAUGAAUAACUAACUGUAAAUAAUCAUUAUGUUGUCAUAUAUGCUAUAAGUUGUAGGUUAGUCGAAACACAAACUACACAAAAAUUGAUAGAGAUAAAUGAAAAUUAUUGUACAAAAAAUUGCUAUCCAGCGCCAGAGCUAUAGCAACGUAUAUAUACAUAUAUACAUAGAUAUAUCUAUUGUGUGUGCAUGCAUGUGGUUAAAAGAAACAAGAAAAUGAAGUGAUCUAUUACAUUAUUGUAAAAUAUAUCAAAAAAACUGAACGAAAAAAAAAAA